AUGCGUGCAGAUCAUCCAGUGAUUUACCGAAUUUCAACUACUGCUUGUCAGCAGAUUUCUGCUGUGUUACAUAAAGAUGGAAAUAAGCAUCGAAAAUACAAGUGUCACCAUUGUGAAUAUACUGCACGUUCAUCGAGUACUCUUCGAGCCCAUAUUCGGGUGCAUACUGGAGAACGCCCAUUUAGAUGUCCUGUAUGUAAUCAAGGUUUUACCCAAAAAGGAAAUAUGUUCAGACAUGUUACAAAACAUUUUUCAGAAAGAGAGCGACGUAAUCGCACUUGCGAUUGGGACCUUUUGGCCAUUUACUCUGGUCUAAAACAAGAAUUGAUUGGCGACAAGGAGCUAAACAGUACUCAUCAUCCAUACAAGUGCAAUCUGUGUCCAUAUACAACAUUUCUUCCAGCUGUACUUAGGCAGCAUAUGCUUACUCACUCCAUUGAAAGACCGUACAAAUGUCCCAUUUGCGAUAAAGGGUUCACUCAGAAAGGAAGUGUUCAACUCCAUAUGUUACAUCACACAGGAGAAAGACCUCACAAGUGCCCAGUAUGUCAAAGGUGUUAUUCACAAAAAGGGAGCAUGAGGCGUCAUAUCUUGCAGCAUCUUAUUUUUCAGAAAGGUUUUCGUGCUCCUAUAAAAGAGACAUCUGUGAACUCAGAGAAUGAAUAUAAAUGUAUUCUGUGCCAUUUGAUUUGUCAGAAUAUUCGCUGUUUAGGAGAUCAUCUGAUGACUCACUCAGUAAGUGGAUCCAACAGUUGCCCAUUGUGUCAGAAAACUUUCUACCAGAAAGGUGGACUGCGAACCCAUUUGAAAAGUCAUACAGGGGAGCGUCCGUAUGCCUGUGAUCAAUGUGGAGAAAGGUUUACUCAUAAGCAUGUAUUGAAUAAUCAUAAAUUCCUUCAUACUGGAGAACAACCAUAUAAAUGUCCUGUUUGUAGCAAAGGUUUCGUGCAAAAAACUAACAUGCGACUGCAUGUUGCUAAAAACCAUUCUACUGAAUUAGCUAGGUAUCUUCAAAGUAGUCGUACAAAAACAGAUUCAAAGGCAGUCUUUUCAGUAUGCCAGUUUGAUUAG